GAAGUUCGUUGGCUGUCAGAGCCAACAUGGCGGCGUCCGCAGCCGAUGAAGACGCCACAGAAAAUGUGGCAGAGGAGCCUUUAAAUCCCGUUUUAACAGACUGUCCUGACAGUUCGUGUUUUUCGGACCUUUCCGACGAACUCCGUGACUGCGUGGUGAAGUUUAUCGAGACGGAUGUGGGCAGUGACGUGAAAUCCCUGAAGAACGUCGGCAGUCUGCUGGACAAAUUAAAAGAGGACAAUCGAAAAUUGGAAGAGCAGGUGUUGACCGUGUCCAGCUCAGUGCCUCCCCAGGUGUGUGCGGCUCUGGCUGCUGCCGAAGAUGCCAGGUCUUCUUUGGAAGAACUUCUGCAAAGGGAGAAACUCCUUUCUGCAAAACUGCAACAGCACCUCCAGAUGGCCCAGCCUUGGAUGGACACUCUCAGCCAGAAACUGAUCCAAGUGGAGACAGUAGAAAGACACAUGAUGUACCUCCGUUGCCUUCACCACAUCGAAGAGCUCAGCGCCGUCGUCCAGCAGUGCCUGAUGACGAGCAGCGUGUGGGAGGCCAUCAGGGCCGUGGAGAGCAUGGCGGCGAUGGACGCCGGCCUGACCCAGUCCAAAUGCUCUCACCUGCGCGACUUCCUCCGGGAAACUCUUCACUUCUGGCACAAGAUCAUCAAGGAUCGACUGGCCGGGGAUUUGGAGAAGGUGUUGACCCAGCUCCACUGGCCGAUCAUCUCGCCUCCGACCCAGUCCCUCACGCCCACCGCCAACGGGCAAGAGCUGGCCAGCCAGCUGGAGCUUCUGGUCACACAGUUGCUGGCCCUGCAGACAUCCGACGAUCUCGUCUCUCAGAGGACGCCGCCCCCCUCCAAAGCCGAGAGCCGGCCAGUUCCUUCUCCGCUCUGCCUCCCCAUCCAGAUCAUGCUGCAGCCGCUCGGCAAGCGGUUCCGAUACCACUUCUACGGCAAUCGACAGACCAACUCCCCCAGCAAGCCAGAGUGGUACCUGACUCAGGUGCUGAUGUGGAUAGGCUACAGCACAAGCUUCAUGGAGGAGAAGAUCCAACCUAUCCUGGACCGAGCUAAUGCCGCCAUCAAUGCCAGGGCGGAGCUCUGUCGAGGCCUUGUGUCCUUAGUCCAGGAGAAGGUGGCGGGCGACGCGUCCCGCCUGCUGCACGACGACACUCUCUUCUGCCACCUGGUGGAGGAAGUCCUGCAGUUCGAGAAGGAGCUGCGGCGCAACCACUCGUACCCGGCGCCUCUGCCGGGCCUGCUCCACCUGCUGCUGGAUGACGCCGUCCUCCAAAAGUGGCUGACGGUGGAGAAGAAGACGGCGUUGGAGAAGGUGGACGCCAUGUUGUCGGCGGAGGGCGCCUGGAGCUCUCAGUACAAAGACAUCCGAGACAUGGAUGAGUUGAAGUCCCCGGAUUGUGCUGAAAUGUUCAUGACUCUGCUGGAGGUCAUCACAGACCGCUACCGGGAAUUACCUUGCCCGUCCGCACAGCUGAAGUUUCUGGAACUGCAGAAGGAGCUGGUUGAUGACUUCCGUAUACGACUCACGCAGGUGAUGAAGGAGGAGUCGCGCUGCCCGCUGGGUCCGCGCUACUGCGCCAUACUCAACGCCGUCAACUACAUUUCCACCAUCCUGACGGACUGGGCGGACAACGUGUUUUUCCUGCAGCUGCAGCAGGCGGCCGUGUCGCUGGGGGACGAGGCGGGGACGGGAAGCCUCGGGGUGACGGAGAUGGGUCGCCUGGCCUCCCUGGAGAGCUCGCUGUUCGACGGCCUGCUGGCCCUGCUGGAUCGGCUCCGAGGAGACAUGAUGGGCCGGCUGCUGGACGGCAUCAUGAGGGACGUCACGGAAAAAGCCAAAGCGUACUGCCGAGACAGGUGGUUCUCUCAUCCGUCCCAGCAGGACCUGUCGGCCACGUCUCUGUCCAGUUCUGCGUGUCCCAUGAUGCUUUGCGUCAGGGACAGUCUGUUGAACCUGCAGCAGGUUUUGAGCUUGUCUCUGUUCCAGCUGGCUUGGCAGGGUCUCGCUGAGAGACUGGACAACUUCCUCUAUCAGGAAGUGGUCCUGUCCAAUAAUUUCAGCGACGGAGGAGCAGCUCAGCUUCAGUUCGACAUGACCAGAAACCUUUUCCCUCUUUUUGGUCACUACUGCAAACGCCCUGAAAACUUUUUUAAGCACGUGAAGGAGGCGUGCAUCAUCUUGUGCCUCAACGUGGGUUCCGCUAUCCUGUUGAGGGACCUGAUCAAGGAGUCGUCUUCGGCGGAGAACGGCGGGGAUUGGACGGGAAGGGACGAGCCCUCGCCGCAGUCCGCCCUGAACGAGUUGGGAGUUUACUACUUGGCCCCCUGCGACGCGUUAAUUCUCCUUAACCUCAGAGCCUCCUGGCCCGGACAGUGA